CCCCAGCCGCAGGGUGCUGGGUUGUGCUAUGGGUGCCUGGCUAUGGGCAGGGGUGUUGUGAGCUCAUCCCCUGCCCUUAUGGCACCCAGCUGCCUGUGGGGUGGGGGCAACCAGUGACUGUGGGUGUCCUGAACGGGAGGCCAGGCCAGGCCCAGAGUCAGCGCUGCACCUUGCACAGCCACGUCAGCAGCACUCAGGGCAGCCUUGUCCGUCCGCGCUGGCAGCAGACAGCACAGCACUCCCACACCACCGCUCAGAGGUGGAGUUACUCCUCCUUUGUCUCCUCCCGGAGCGAGCUCUACAUGACAGAAACCUUCUCAGGCAGCUUCCAGAGUGGGGACGGCAGCUUCACCUGGGGACAGAGAGGACAGUAGCAUCGGGGACAAGGACACCUGCUCCCCGCCUCUUCCAGGGCACGUGCUGCAGACCAUGGGAAAUGGCAUGAGCAAGAUCCUUCCUGGCCUUUACUUGGGAAACUUCAUUGAUGCCAAAGACCUGGAGCAGCUAAGCCGGAACAAGAUCACCCACAUUGUGUCAAUCCAUGAGUCUCCCCAGCCCUUGCUGCAGGACAUCACCUACCUCCGCAUUCCUCUGCCAGACACUCCUGAAGCCAGCAUCAAGAAGCACUUCAAGGAAUGCAUCAGUUUUAUCCACCAGUGUCGCCUGCAAGGAGGGAACUGCCUCGUCCACUGCCUGGCCGGGGUAUCCCGCAGCACCACCAUCCUGGUGGCCUACCUGAUGACAGUGACAGAGAUGAGCUCUCAGGAGGUGCUGGAGGCCAUCAGAAGCGUACGACCCGUUGCCAACCCCAACCCUGGCUUCAAGCAGCAGCUGGAGGAGUUCAGCGGCAGCGCAGCCCGCAAGAUGCGCAGGCACCUGAAGCAGAGGUAUGGGACGUCCCCUUUCAAUGAUGAGGAAGAAAUCAAGGCCCUGCUACCAGCGGGGAGAGGAAGAGCAUCCCGAGCAGAGGGAGCUCGGCAAGGACUGGUACCACGAGCCAGGGACAUCAAGAGCACUGCUCCCUUCCUGCUGCGGGUGAAGAGGACGUUCUCCUGCAUCCCAGCUUGUCUGAAGUGAUCCCAGCCCGGGUCACUUCAUGGCCUGGUAAAGACUAAGGAGCUGCAGCAGCAGAGAAAUGCUGCAUCACAGAGCCACAACGAGCCCAGCUCCUUCUCGCUGGGUUCAAGCGUGCCAUCUUCUGUCCUGGCUUUCAGCUAUUGGGGGAGGGAUUCAUUCACACUGCUGUAUUCUGCAGGGUCAGCCCUUUAGUGCCUGGUGUGUGGGGACAGCUGGCAGAAACACAGAUCACAGCUCCCAGUUCGCUGUGGCAGUGACAGACAGGGCUUCCCAGCACCCAGGUGAUGCUGACAGCAGCUUUAGCACUUCAGCAGCAGCUGCAUGGGCCGCAGGGGCACACAAGGUGCAGGAGAUCUCGCUGACUCCUCGGGGCACUUUUCCCACCAGCAGCAGCAAGCUUCCAGAACCGAGGUGGCUGCAGUGCAGGGGCACAUAGGAGCAUUAGCAGUUAAUCAUGCUGUACCGGUGCUCCAGGCCAGCCAAGCACAAGCCUCGAGCAAGCACUGCAGCUUUCAGUGUUCAUUGCACCGCAUUCCCACUGAUCCCAGGGCACAAUCUUUAAAUGGUGGGAAAUAAAUGUUUAACCUUGCCAGACCUCACUAAAGCAGAGCCUUAAACCAUUUGGCUUAAAUA